AUGACAGACUCUGACAGUCAGAAUGCCUCGAUCGCGGAUUAUGACGAGGAGGUCGAGCAUCUCAGCGAUGAGGAGGUGGACAUCAUGUCCUACUCCCCCGAGGUUAUCUACCGAUCGGUUCCAACCCCCGAGCGGGCCGCCGAACAAGAUAAGUCCUCCAGCUCUUCCAGGUCGUCGAGCUCCAGCUCAAGCGGAUCGGGGAGUUCCGGCGAAGAAGAAGAAGAAGAAGGAACUACGUCGGGUAGACAAGGACCUCCAACCGAAGGCGUUAGGGAAACGCCUACCCGGGUGGUUGGGGACCACCCAGAAGCUGUUCAACGACGAGGCGUCCGGGAAAGUACUCCCGAGUCGGCCGAGGAAGAUGCUGCUGGGCCGGCCGCACCCGCAGUCGUGGUGUUCGAGUUCUUGAACAGCGAGAAUGUCGAACAGCAAAUGAGCCGGCUGACCAAAGCUAUGGCGGAGUUCGGUGACGAAGAUGCCCCCCUUCCCCCGCCCGCCAAGAUCUCCCUUGGUGGCAAGAAGAAGGCGAAGGCGAAGCCCGCCGGGGAAAAGGAGAUCCCCUCGGCCCGACCACUAAGUACCUCGACCGUGACGACGGGCAAGGGCUUUAUCGUCGAGCCCUCCGACGUCCUGAUCACCCGGGUGGAAGUCGCCCAGGGCAAGGAGAAGGUCCCCGACCGAGGCGUGACCGAGGUGGGCGGCAUGAAACGCCGCCGCGAACAACGCAGCCCGAGCCCUUCGGUCGGGCGAGAAAGGGACGUUACGUCCAUACUGGCCCGGAUCGGCAACGCCGGGCCAGCUAGGGAGGAUUUGGGGAAGAUGACCCCGACCCAAGUGGCCGAGAAGAUUGGCUACGAUCUGGCCGAGAUUUCCCGAGCGGCCCAACUCCUUCAAGGUCGGGCCAUGCUGGCCGAAGAAGCCGACCACCACAAGAAAACGGCCGCUCGUCGCUUGAAGGAAAUCAAGGACAUCCAGGCCGAGCUAGAGAAGGCCCAGAAGGGCCUGAAAAAGAGCGAGGAAGACCGGGUCCUCGCAGAGAAAGUCGCCCAACGGGCGAUCGGGGAGGCGAAAGAGCUGAAGGCCCGGCUCGAUAAUCCGAGCGAGCUGGUGCAGACUGUCUUCAAGGACAGCGAGUCGGGCUCAGCGUUUCUCACGGCGGCCCGGGGAACUAAGGUCGGAGAGGACCUGAUCGUCUCCUUCGGCCGAUGGGCGUUCAAGUCCGGGCAACGCAAAAUGCUUGAGCGGGCCCGUACCCGGUUGGAGCAAGCUCUCGACGGAGAGGAUCUUCAGCUGGUCCUGUCGGCUUUACCCCCGGACCUAGCCGACCCCGGCCCCUCCCCCUUCGCUCCCAAGGAAAAGGCGGCCGAGCCUGGGGCGUCGUCGGCGGCCACUUCGAGCGGGAAGGAGGCAGCUGCCGGAGCUCGGGAAUUGAAGAAGUAG